AUGGUAUUAAGUAAUAAGAACAAGAUAAAAAUAAAUUUAAAGCAAACCCCAAAAUUCGAUGCUUCUAGAUCUAGGUCAAGACUGCCCCAUAUAUCCAGUGAAUCGCUUACACUGAACUCUCAAGGAAGCGAUCAGAAGGAUCAGAAUUAUAGGGAUAGAUCACAAGAAAGAUCGAUUGACAAAAUGCAAAAGUCGGAUUUGUAUAAAAAGGAUAAUACAUCAUUACAAGAUUUACCGUUGCUGAAUUCAUCAUUCAAUAAUAAAAUUAAACUUCCAGAACAUAAGCAGGAGCAAGAUAGCCGAGGACGUCAAAGAGAAAGGAACGAUGAAGAUCAUAUAAAUAUGGAAAGCCCGGUAGAGGCUCAAGAUGAUGAUAUGAUAAGUUUGAUGGGAUUCGGGGGAUUUGGAACUACAAAGGGUAAACAUGUCAAAGGUACGAAAGGAGGAAAUACCAAAAAAGAGGCCAAAUCAGAAUAUAGAACAUACAUGAAUAGAAGUAAGGGAUUUAAUAGGCCAUUGUCACCUACGAGGUGA